AUGAUAAGACUAAAUUAGUUGGCAGGUUAGGUAAAAGAAAAGAAGGCUUAAAUUGAUCCAAUGGAAUAUUUGUCAUUAUAUGAUUUAUUGACACCUGAAGAAUUGGAAGUUCGAAAGGCGGUUGAAGCAUUUGUUGCCAAAGAAGUUAAAGAAUAUAUAAAUUAUUUAGGUUACUCCAAAAAUAAAUGAUUAUGUUGAAGCUGCUUAAUUUCCCACAGAAAUAGUUAAUGCUGUAAAACCAUUAAAAUUAUUCCAUCACUUUUUAAAUAAGCCAUAUGGUCAUGGAACUUCUUAUACUAAAUAAGGAAUAAUUUUAAUGGAAGCAGCAAGAGCAGAUGCAGGUUUUGCUACUUUUAUUGCAGUUUAGUAAGACUUUAUUUAGAUAUUAGAAAUUUGUUAUUAAAUUAUACAUUAGAAAAGUUUGGAAGCGAAGCUUAAAAGCAAAAGUAUUUAACAAAAACAAGAGAUAUUGAAUAUAUAGGUGGAUGGGGAUUAACAGAAAAAGGAUAUGGAUCUGAUGCUUCUAGUCUAACUUCAAAUGUAAAAAAGGUUUAAGGAGGUUAUAUUUUAAAUGGUGAUAAAAGAUGGAUUGGCAAUGGAAAUAAAGAUGUAUUGAUAGUAUGGGCAAGAAAUUUAGACACAAAUAAAGUAGAAGGAUUCAUUGUUGAAACAAAAUGGCCUGGAUAUCAUGCAGAAGUUAUUCAAGGCAAAUUAGCAUUAAGAAUAGUUUAAAAUUGUUAAAUCACAUUUACAAAUAUAUUUAUACCUGAUGAAAAUAAAUUAGAAUCAGUGACUGAUUUUUAAAAUGGACCUAAUUAAGUACUUAUGCAUUCAAGAGUAAUUGUUCCAUGGAUAGCCUUAGGAGUUAUGAGAGGUGUAUAUGAACAUUCAUUAAAAUGGACAACAACAAGAAAACAAUUUGGAAAAUAUUUAGCAUCAUUUUAAUUAUAAUAAGAAAGAUUGGUGAGAAUAUUGUCAACUUUCUAAGCAUCAUUUUUAAUGGUAUUGAGAUUAUCAAGAUUGGCUGCUGAAGGCAAAGCUACUAUAGGUAUGAUCUCUAGUGUUAAGGCUUGGGUAACUGAUAAAACAAGAGAAGUAGCAAGACUUGGAAGAGAAAUGCUUGGUGGUGAUGGAAUCAUUUCUGAUAAUUAUGUUAUUAAAGCAUUAACAGAUGCAGAAGUACUUUAUACAUAUGAGGUGAAUUUAAUAUUUUAUUUUAGGGAACUUAUGAUAUUAAUAGUUUGGUUGCAGGCAGAGAAAUAACAGGAAUUGGAGCAUUUAAAUGA